UAACUAACUGGCUGGCAAAAACGUUUGGUUCAGUUUCAAUUAAUCUAUUUCGGAUGAAUUUAAUUUGACACCACUUUUACAAGCAUAAAGUUUAUCUUAAGCCUAAUGAUCGUCUAACACAAAUAAAUAUAAAAUAUGUAUAUGUACACAAAAAUGAAACAAGAAAGGCAAAGAAGAAAUUCAUUGUAGAUAUAUAAAUACUUUUUUAAUCUAUAAAAAGCUUAAGGCUUGGAGAAUAAGUUUUGAUCAUUCUUUCUUGGUGACCCCAAAAGUAAAAUGGAACUCUGUUUUCAACCCAUGUUAGCCUCUCUGUUUCUCAUACUUCUCUCUUCACACCCUGAACUAUUAUUAGCACAACCUAAACAACAUUUCUUGGGACAAAACAACACAACCUUUUUAACCGGGGAGAGGCCAUGCAAUUGGUUUAGAGGCAAAUGGGUCUAUGAUUCUUCAUAUCCUCUCUAUAGUCCUUUUUCUUGUCCCUUCCUCGACCCUGAAUUCAAUUGCCAGAAAGCGGGUCGACCUGACACUUACUAUCAACACUUCCUAUGGCAACCUUUCUCAUGUUCUCUUCCAAGCAGAUUUGAUGGGGUGAACUUUUUGAGGAGAAUGAGAGGAAAGAAGAUAAUGAUGGUUGGUGACUCACUGAGUCUUAAUAUGUUCGAAUCGUUGGCAUGUUUGAUUCAUGCAUCUCUCCCUAAUGCUAAGUACUCUCUCCGUCGAGGACAGCCUCUCACUUCUCUCACUUUCCAGGACUAUGGAGUGACAAUACUUCUGUAUAGAACACAGUUUCUAGUAGACGUGGUUCAAGAAAAGGCAGGACGAGUGCUUGUGCUUGACUCCAUCAAACAAGGAAAUGCUUGGCUUGGCAUGGACGUUCUGAUCUUCAACUCCUGGCAUUGGUGGACUCACACCGCCGGAAUCCAGCCGUGGGAUUAUAUGAGGGAAGGAAACAAAUUGUACAAAGACAUGAACAGGCUUGUGGCUUUUUACAAAGGACUAAACACAUGGGCUCGUUGGAUUAACUACAAUAUUGAUUCUUCACGCACUCAAGUCUUCUUUCAAGGCGUUUCUCCUGUCCACUACGAUGGAAGAGAGUGGAACGAACCAUUGAAGUCGUGCAAGGGCCAAACUCAGCCGUUCAUGGGACAAAGAUAUCCAGGAGGAUUUCCCUUAGGUUGGGUUGUGGUUAACAAAGUGUUGAGCCGAAUCAAGAAACCGGUCCGUCUUCUUGAUCUCACAACUCUCUCGCAGUAUCGCAAAGACGCACACCCAAGUCUCUACAAUGGUAUCUCAAAGGGUCUAGACUGUAGCCAUUGGUGUCUCCCUGCUGGUCUCCCUGACACUUGGAACCUACUUCUAUACGCAUCACUUACUUCAUAGUUCCCGUUUUGCAUAUUGAUUUGUUCUACCAUUUGCUGAAUAAUUUGUUGUAUUCUUGUGAUUGGGAUUGUGAUUCUUCCCUUGUUAAUUUAAUAUUUCAAUGUAAUUAACAAUAUUACUAGUUACAUUAUUGGCUUAGUUUCUUAUAUAUUUUUAUAUUAUUUUCA